CGGGGCUGGGGGGAGCCUGUUCCCAGGUCUGGCAGAUGUGUCCAUAUCCCAGGAUAUUCCAGUGGAAGGGGAGAUCACUGUCCCUGUGGGAUCUCACUCUCCUGAUGAGGAUUACUCCACGCUGGAUGAGCCAGUCAAGGACACAAUUAUGAGGGACCUGAAGGCCGUUGGGAAGAAGUUUGUCCAUGUCAUGUAUCCCAGGAAGAGCAGUGCCCUCCUCAGGGACUGGGAUCUGUGGGGCCCAUUGGUGCUGUGUGUCUCCCUUGCUCUGAUGCUGCAGGGUGGCUCUGCAGACAGCAAGGAUGACGGGGGGCCCCAGUUUGCCGAGGUGUUUGUCAUCAUCUGGUUUGGGGCCGUUGUCAUCACGCUCAACUCGAAGCUUCUGGGAGGCACCAUCUCCUUCUUCCAGAGCCUGUGUGUGCUGGGGUACUGCGUGAUGCCGCUGACCGUGGCCAUGCUGGUGUGCAGGCUGGUGCUGCUGGCGGGCGCGGGCACCGUCAGCUUCAUUAUCCGCCUCAUCGUGGUGGGGGCCAUGUUCGCCUGGUCCACCUUGGCAUCCACGGCGUUCCUGGCAGACAGCCAGCCCCCCAACCGCAAGGCCCUCGUCGUGUACCCCAUCUUCCUCUUCUACUUCGUCAUCAGCUGGAUGAUCCUGACCUUCACCCCCCAGUGAGCACCAUCCUGAGGGACUGCUACACUGACUGGACUUUCUCAUGGACGCUGCAGUGAAUCCUUGGCUUUAUCUCUUUCUAAUUUAUAUAUAGGGAUACUGUAAAAAGGCAGGUUGUGGGAUAAAGCCAGAGAGCUGCAAAAAGUGCUCAUUUGUGUGUCCCUCUUUGUGAAAGAUACUGAAGUCCAGCUGCUGAGGGGUUUAUUUAGCCCUGUUCUGUACUGGUGUUAAAUAAACAAUGCCCACGGGGACAGGGAUUGUUCCAGCUGAGGAGAGAGUGGGAAAUCCUGGAAUUUCAAGCUGCUGGGAGAUGAAGUUUUUUGCACGACUUGGCAGAUUUCCUGCCUGUGCUUGGAUUCUCACUGAAGAUAAAAAUGCCUUAUCAAACCAUAGAACUUCACUGCAAUGAUGUGUGGAGAGGAAAGAGACAUGUCUGACUCCUUUUCAUUCCCUUGUAGAGUGGUGGGAUGUGCUCCCCGGGCAUUGUGGGACUGGGGCUUUCCCAGGAAAGGAGAGUUCAGUCAAAACUCAGUCGGGUCUCUUUGCAGGGAAUUGGAGCUGGUGGCAGGGAGUGCUUGUGCUCUGUGUCCAUCCCUUCAUGUGGCAGCAAAGAAGGUUCCAGCUUGGUGCCUUCAGCACUGCCUCUGAGGGGACUGUGGGCUCUCUGCAAGUUGCAGACCUGUGACCAGAGGGAACAAAGUUCAGAGUCCUGCAGAAAUGCUGAGACUGCUUAGUAGCAAAGACUGGGCUCUCACCCUGCAUUUGGGAAGUGAAAAUUCCUUGGAAAGUACCAAGAAUGUGUAUGUAUGAUAAAAACAAGGGGUUCUGUGCAGAAAGUUGAGGUUUUGCUGCACAGACUGUUUGGGUCUGAAAAACCAUACCAGGGCUUGGGCCCCAAAGUGUUAAAAUAGCUUGAAAGAAGGGAAGCAAAUGGUACUAGAGGUGUUGGUCGCUCUAAAGCAGGAUGUGAGUUCUGCUCUCACCUGCCUCUGUGUGACUGUUCCUUUGGUUGUUCAUGGGAGCAGCAAAGAAUGGUGUGCAAAUGUGCAUUUUGUUCCCUUGUACUUCCCGUGAGAUGUCAGACACUGUUCUGUGGGUUGUUUUGUGGGGUUUUAAUUUUGCUUAAUACUUUAAUAAAAGGGAGGGGCUCUACCAAUCACUGCAGAUUCAUUGUACACAUCUCUUGGGUACAGAUGUGCAAGAGCCAGGUGUAUUUUGUCACAGACAUUGGGAGCUGGGACUUGCUUUUGGAAACUACAGAAAUGAUUCCUGUUGUUUGUUCUCAUUCAGCAAUCCAUGAAAUAUCUGGGGUGAAAAUGCUGCUGUAAAAUGACAUUUAUGCAGACAGACUGAAACUGAGGUCUGUGGGUUCUGCUGAGGUGUGAAUGUGCCUAAUUUCUAGUUACAUGUGCAAGAGCAGUCUAUGCUGUAAACACGGGCAGUGGGUGGGAGUUGGGAUGGAAAUUGCUGAAUUUCAGAUUAAAAGUGCAUUUUUGCAUUUGUGGAUAACAAGCUGCUGUGUGUGGCAGGGCCUGGCUGUGGCACCAGGGGGCUGGAGGGGAGCUGUGGUGGUUGGCAGACAUGGGAACCAUGGAAAGGAGAAUUUUUAAGCUUCCAUUAAAUUAUUGCUGGUAUGGAGUGUG